GAAAGAUCUGUGAAAUGGGGUUUUCAAUGAUCAGUCUGUUCUUGGUUUUAAAUAUUCUUUUUCAGGUGCACCUUAGAGCAGAUGCUUCAAGUUCUCCUGAAGUUGGAAAACAUGCUGUUCCAGCCCCCAACAUAGCUCUUAAUGGAAUUUCUACACAAUCCAGCACUCAAGCCUAUUAUGGGAGGCCUAGAAAUGCCAAUGAUGGAUCUAUAGCCAAUAAUUACUUGAGGUCUCAAUGCUCUUACACUGAGAAAGAACUGGAUCCUUGGUGGAUGGUGGAUCUUAGGAAAAGUUACAAAAUCUUCUCGGUUGCCGUCACCAAUAGAGUGUUGGAAUGUUGCAAAGAAAGGCUUUAUGGGGCUGAAAUACGAAUUGGAAAUGACCCAACGCAAGGGGGAAGAUUAAAUCCCAGGUGUGGUGUCAUCUCAACUAUUGAAUCUGGAGAAACAAUUUCAUUCUCAUGUCAUGGAAUGAUUGGAAAAUAUGUUACAGUUACAAUACCUGGACGUGAAGAGCACCUGGUCCUUUGUGAAGUUCAAGUUUUUGGUGUUCUUGCCACGCCUUCAGACGUUCAACCGAGUGAAGAAGAACUCAAGACAACUCUUAAUGGAGCACCAAAUGUGGCUGUUCAUGGUAUCUCCUCACAAUCCAGUCUCUAUAACAUGUAUGGAGUGUCAAAGAAUGCCAUCGACGGAUCGCUCUCCAGUAAUUACCUGUUUAUUGAAUGCACCGGCACUGCAGAACAAGACAAUCCUUGGUGGAUGGUUGAUCUUCAAGUAAAACACAAGAUUUUCACUGUAGCUGUCACCAACCGAGGCGACUGUUGUGCCGACCGCAUUAAUGGGGCUCAGAUAAGAAUUGGAAACUCAGCAGAAAAUGGAGGCGCUGACAACACAAUAUGUGGUGUUAUCGAGAAGAUGGAUCACGGGCAAACCCUUGCCUUCGAAUGUGCAGGGAUGGAGGGACAGUAUGUGACUGUCAAUCUGCCUGCAAGUAAUCAAUCUCUUUUCAUUUGUGAAGUCCAGGUAUUUGGUGUACCAACUGAAGUUACUGAGGAACAAGUGCCUUCUACAAAAAGUACCGGAAUAGAUUUCUCAUGGUUAGAUUUUUUUGGCCGCUUGGAUGACUACUUUGACUCUUCCAGUAAAGAAGACAUUCCAGAUGAACAAGAAGAAGAAGAACAGGGUAUCAAUCUUGCUUUCCGAGGAGUGAGUUCCCAAUCCAGCACCUAUGAUAAGUUUGGCGCAGCGGCGAACGCCAUAGAUGGUUCCUCGGGCAAUAAAUAUAUGUCAGGGCACUGUUCCCACACAGACUUAGACAUAGAGCCCUGGUGGAGAGUGGAUCUUACCAAUACCUACAAUAUUACCAAAGUGAAGAUUAUGAAUAGAGGUGACUGCUGCAAUGAGAGGAUUAAAGGCGCCGAGAUAAGAAUUGGAUUAUCUCAAGAGAAAGGUGGAACAAGGAAUCCCAGAUGUGCCACAAUUGAAUCCUUGGGUCUUGGAAAGGAAAUAGAGUUUAUCUGUGGGAUGGUGGGGAGGUAUGUGACGGUCACCAUCCCAGACAAAGCCGCCUAUUUGACCCUCUGUGAGGUGAAGAUUUAUGGUGAUGAAAUAUCAGAAAACUAUACAAUCCCACAUUUUCCUUAUGACAGUGAGGAGCACCAUGAGGCUACUGAAUUAAGAAAUAUCUUGAAGCAUUCCAAUGCAGCGCCAAAUGUAGCUCUCCAGGGCGUAACAUACCAGUCUAGCAUUGAUGGAGAAUGUGAUUCACGCAGAGCUGCAGAUGGUUGCUUAAAAAACCUGCUUCCAGAUGAUCAGUGUGCUAGGACUAAAGAAGAGAUGGAUCCGUGGUGGACAGUCGAUCUGAAAUCAGACCACAAAGUGUUUUCCAUUGCGGUGACCAGCAGAGGAGACUGUUGUGAACAUGACCUUGAUGGGGCAGAGAUUCAUGUUGGAAAUUCUGCUACUGGCUGGAAGAAAAACCCUGUUUGCGGAACGGUGUCCUCUAUUGGCCCUGGAGAAACCUUUUCAUUCAACUGUGAUGGCAUGGAAGGACGGUUCGUUACAAUUGUUAUCCCACAAAAGGCUAAGUCCCUCACCCUUUGUGAAGUCCAGGUGUUCGGUGUGCCUGUAGAUGCAAUAAGUGCAGAGUGGACCGGAAAUCUUGACUUACAGAAAGAACACCAUGGAGCUAAGAACGUGGCUCCAGCAGGUAUUCCUUCACAGUCCAGCUAUUUCUCACGCAAGUCAGAGGUUAUGACCGCUAUUGAUGGGUCUUUGAGCAGUAAUUACAUGGCAGGAGAAUGCGCACACACGUUAAAGCAAUUUAACCCAUGGUGGAGAUUGGAUUUGAAAUCUAAAAUGCGUGUACAUUCCGUUGCUAUCACGAACCGCGGUGACUGUUGCCGAGAAAGGAUUAACGGUGCGGAAGUCCGUAUAGGGGAUUCGGAAGCAGACGGUGGCAUUAAGAAUCCCAGAUGUGGGGUGGUGUACAAGAUGAAUUAUGGAGAAACGUUAUCCUUUAACUGUAAAGGGAUGGAGGGCCAGUACGUUACAAUAACUAUACCAGACAACAGGGAGUUCCUAACUCUGUGUGAAGUUCAAGUGUUUGCAGACCCCACAGAGGCAGCAGAAGAGAAAUCCUCAGAGCCUGUUCAAAUAUCAGAGUCAUCACUGAAACUAAACAUAACCAACGAUCUUAGUGGCAACUAUUUCUACUUCCCAGAAGAAAAUGACAAUAGCUAUGUGUAUUUGUCUCCUAAAAUACCAAUGGAUCUGAAAGCGUUAACACUCUGCAUGAAGAUAUCUCCAAAUAUUAAUGACAAUCGGGAAACAAUCCUGUUUUCAUACCGUACAACAUACUAUGAUGAGUUAAAUCUUUGGAUUGAAUCAAGUGGUAACAUCGGUUUGUAUAUGAGUGGUGAGGGUAUUAUGUUCUCACCGCUGAAUCAUAAAAAAGAAUGGGCCCACCUUUGCCUAACCUGGGAGUCCAAGUAUGGUCGUUGUGAGCUUUGGCUCAACGGAAGGAGAAAAGGUCCAAGGAUUUACCGCAGGAGCCACAGUAUACGUCCAGGGGGAAUCGUCCUUCUUGGCCAAGACCAAGACUCAUUGGGUGGAAAUUUUGAAGCAGCCCAGAGUUAUGUGGGAAAAAUCAAGGAUCUAAACAUGUGGGACAAAGUUCUAUCACUGAGAGCCCUUCGGUCUGUUUUUAAAAAUAAGCAAGUUCAAGCAGGCACUGUUUUUGAUUGGAGAUCCCUAAAUUACAUGAUCAAAGGCAAUGUAACUGUUGUCUAAUAAUAUAAUCAAAUUAAGUUUUUUUUGUGUAUUCAUUGAUUAGUGUCAAGCAAUGAAUGAUUCAUACACAGGCUUUUAUACACACUGAAACAGUUAUAAAUGCUUUGCAUGAAAUAAGAAAACUAAAUGUUAUGCUGGUAGCUAAAAUGUAUAAUAGGCUACCACAACAAUAAAAAUGUGAUCUAAUUAAAAAAGUAAAUAACAUACUUUUACAAAAAAAAUGCACAUUAAUAAACCAUAAACCAUG